CCUCCCAUUGCUGCUGGGCUCCAUCGCCACACUCUGCCAUGAUGCCCUUUCCAGGUCUCCUCACACACUGCUGGUGUGUAGAAACUUUUUUGACAUAGGGUGCUGGCAGAUUACGGGGCCUCCCAUAAGCGGCAGCCAGGCCCGUUAAUCUGCCAUAGGCCCCUAAACCGCCUCCUCAUGCUGCUGCCAGGUCCAGAGUCUCUCAUGGGGUCCCUGUACGGCCUCCCCAUUGCUGCUUGUCUCCAUCGCCACACUUCUGCCAUGUGCCACUUUCAGGUCUCCCAUCACACACUGCUGGUGUGUUCUAUUUUUUGAC